AUGACCAUUUCGAACGAACUCCCCGCGAUUCGGCAGCCGAGACCAAAGCAGUCCGUGGAACAUGACGCCACAGUCUCCAAGAAACAACUCAUGUCACGCGAAAUGGCUAUGGUCUAUCGAUUCGGGGGCAUCACCGCCUGGAUGCUUCAAACCUGCUAUUGGCUUCAUGGGUUUCAUAAUGAUAGAGACGACUGGCGUCCACUGAGACAGUUGUGCCUCGCCGCAACAGCAUCAACGAUAGUCGCGAUUCAUUUCAGAGACACACCCAUAACCACCAAGAUCAGACUUUGUCUACACACUACCUUACUCUAUUUUGUUUUCACUGUCGUUGGCGGGCAACUUUUCCCUUUCUCUGCUUUCCAUGCCUUAAAUGGAGAUCUCAAGACUGCUAUCAUCAUACGGCUGGUCGUUGUAUACUGCUGGUUAAUCUUCACCGCCAUCAUCUGGGGCUUCCUCGUUUCGAUAGGACCCCAGGACGAGUCCGACAUCAGGCUGCCCUAUUGGUUCAAGGAAUUCCUCCUGCAUGCCCUGGCAAAGCAUAUAAAAGACCGAGAUUCCAGCAAAGAGCGCUCGUGCAUCGACAAGAAGGAGCAGUGA